AUGACUCAAGGUCAUGCGGUGGAGGAAGCGUCCAUAGUGGAUGAUGUGCAUUCCGCCUUCCCGACAUCCGAUGCAGACGAGGAGGAUGAAGACGCAAAACACGUGGAAGAGGGGAAGGAGGGCGCAUCGUCCACCACCCCCUUCACCCACCACUUUCCUCGAGCCAAAUAUCGUCCAUCGCAUGUCUUUUCAUCCCCCAAACAGCAUAACGAAUUAACUAGUCGCCUUCAUCACGGCGUGCUGAACUACCUCGACUUUGACGGCGUAGAGGAUGCUCUUGGGGAGUUCCGAACACCCCCUUCUGCGGAAGCCAAUGUUUGUUUCAUUCAUCCCUCAGAUGUCUAUAUCCCCCCGCUUCAACCACUCCUUCCACCUCGUGUACUCAUUGCAAAUCCCGUUUGUCAAUCUGUCACUCCUCAACCUCGUCACAUUUUAACUUGGCCGAGGAAGCGAAACAUCCUUAGCAGACUACGCAAUCGACGAUCUUUGGAUGUCUGCAUUCCGUUGACAGGUCAGCCGAGUGGAGGUGAAGCUCCCAUAUUUUCCGGUGCCUCUAAAGUGCGUCUGGUGGAGCCCUCGUCGAGUUUGGACAUUAGUCUACCUGAUCCCAUUCACCUUGAGGUGGCGGGAUUCCUUACUGUCCUGCAAGCGGUUUUGGAAACCCGACGAAAGGAGUGCCAACGUCCAGAGGAUGUUGAACAAAUGUCCUCGGCGGAGUUGGCACAAGAGAAACUGGAUCUGCAGAAAUGUCUGCUUUACUUCGAGAAGGCGAAGGGUCGACCAUCGGAUCCCAUUACAAAACGAGUUAUGAAGCCUAUCUACGAUCGCUACCGUUGUGUGCGUCGAAUGGUUCGCCUCGCCUCUAAUUCAGCUGUUCGUCUCAGUCGUGGACGCUCCGGUGGUUCGGCCCCGCGACCCUCUACCGAUGCCGUCAGAACACGGACAGCUGAAGCGGACGAAGUAGCGGAGCCUGAACCCUUAAUGAACCUUGAACAAUCAUUAAUGCCAGAGACCCUUCUAGGAACAUCAUCAACCAACUUUUCUCAAACGGAGACAGAUCAAACCGCUUCUUUGAUAAGCAAUGGUGCAGAACCUCCAUCUUCAAUUUUCUUGAAUUGGGAACUCACCCUUCUUGAGUUCAUUCAACUUGCAAGGCGGCUGGAUUCAAAUGAACUGACUCGUGGACGAGCGGAAAUUUUGUCAGUGAAACACAAACUCCAACGCUUCCUUCACGACUACGAAAAACGGGUCCAAGAAGCGACGAACCAUCCACCAUCGAAACGGGAUCGCGAUGGAUUGCGGAGUGAGUAUAAUCGCUACCGAGACUGCAAACAACGUCUCUAUGUGAUUGACCGAUUUGUGGAGAAACCGCAGACCAGCCCGGAGAGUCUAGUGGUAGAUGCACAGUUGGUUGGACGAGCCCACCGACGAAGGAGGGUUGUGGAGAGUACAGUGGGAAAUGAUGGACUGAUUCAACAGGUAGCAACUACCACCGAAACUGCAACAUCAAUGCUGUAG